AUGACUCUCUGCAGCUUCUGCAAGACUAUUCCACCCAAGUUCUUUAGCUCAGCUCGAAAUGAUCAAUGCACUGUCGAACAUCACCCGAACCUCGCCGCGCUUGAGAAGUCGGCAGAAGCAGGAUGCUGCAUGUGCGCUGUUGUCUAUAAUGCGAUUCAACGUCGCGUCAAGGAUGGCAAGAUUUAUAACACGAUGGAUGGGAAGUCUGUUGAUUUAUCGCAGCAAAUCAACUUGAGGAGCACCAAGUUUGGCGCGCAGUCAGUAUGUCUGGGUUGGGCUGACGUGGGGAGUAUGCGAGGCAUAGAGGUCCCGCAGGAUUGGGAUGAUAUCGUUGUAUACGACUGCAAGCCAGAGCUGGGAAUGGCAUCCGAUCUUAAGUAUCAGAGUGAUACGGUCAGGUGGUGGCUGGAGAACUGUUGGGGACAGCACGCUGAGUGUCGGAAGAAUCAUGAUACCCAAUACCUUCCAACGCGCUUGAUUGACGUCGAAUCUUCUGAUCCUAACCUCGUCCGCUUGGUAGUCACUGCUGAAGAGUCGAUCAACGAUCCGCGCUAUAUCGCUUCAAGUCAUUGCUGGGGUCUCAACAUGCCAGAGUCAGCCAAGACGGUCACCUCCAACUUCGAACAGCAUACUGAAAGCAUCCCGUUAUCAGAUUUAUCCCGAACAUUUGUCGACUUUAUAAUGAUAAGCCGGAAUAUCGGCGUCCGUUAUGUCUGGAUCGACUCGCUAUGCAUCAUCCAAGACUCCUACGAGGAUUGGACUGUUGAGGCGGCACAGAUGGCGGCGGUGUACUCUAAUGCCUACGUUACUGUGGCUGCCUCAAGUUCUUCCAACGGAACCGGCGGAUGUCGAAAAGGAGAUGCAUCAGAGUCGUUCUUUGGGCCUGCUGACCUGCCGUGGGAUGAAGAAGAUGAGUCUGGCAAGAAAAAGACUCGUACAAUCCGUGUCUUUGCCAAGCCUGCAAACCAUGCAGUCACCAGCCUCUCGCAAGAUCCCCUGGUAUCAAGAGGAUGGACACUCCAAGAGCGUGAGCUGUCACCCAGAGUGGUGCACUACUCAAAGGACACAAUGCGAUGGGAGUGUGCGUGUCAAAAGGCGACCCUCGAAUUUCCCUGGAGUGACAGUCUCUCGUUCAACAACGCGCUCAGGGCGUUUGACCAGGGACAACUUCAACCUCAAGGCACUGAGGGAUGGUAUUCGGAUGAGGCUGUGAGGAAGAACAGUUUCGUGUGGUUUGAGGUUGUGGAACGAUAUACGAAACGAUCACUUACGAAGCAGACGGAUAUCCUACCAGCGGUUUCUGGAAUCGCCCGGUACUUCUCCAAAGAGAUUGGAGACAAAUAUCACGCCGGCCUCUUUGAGUCUCACGGCGUAAUAGGAUUGAUCUGGAGGAUUGUAGGAAAACCUGAAGACAAGAGGAGCCGACAUUCCGAGUACCUGGCCCCAUCUUGGUCCUGGGCUUCAGUGAAGGGUCCAGCCGAGUGGUGGUGGACACUCAAGCAACACAAACCAGAGCCCGUCGACCACACGUUCACGCCGCAGAUUCUCGAGAUGAGCACAGUGCCAGCAGGGGACGACCCUUUCAGUAUCCUUAAAGGCGGCACCCUCAGGUUAAAGGGUCUCCUUGUGCCUGUCGGCGCCAUGUGGCGAGAACAAGACAGACUAGAGCAUGAUCAGCGGUCAAUAAUGGCUAUUCAAGUAGAUGGCCAGAUGACAAAAGUCGGAACCAUAACUUUUGACAUCCCUGAGGAAGCUUGUCAAGUAUUGUUCUGCUUUGCUUGUCGUAGGGAGAGCCAGUUUGGCUGGAUCGACGCCCUGGGACUGGCUUCGACGGGACAGGGAACGUUGCAGUUUAAACGUGUGGGACUUGUUCGAUCGAAAGACAAGUCUUGGUGGGACAAGGCUGUCACGGCAGAGAUCAGUAUUAUAUAG